GCGCAUGCGUGAACACACCUGUCUCAGGUAAAGCGGAAGCUUGUGACUCAUAAUUUUUAACUGAACGUUGGGAAUUGAACACACACAACACUUCAGAGGAAGGAAAUAGUUAUGUAAAGGAUUGAGGUUACACAAACAAGAGAAAAUGAGUGCAUUCCCUGGAUCCACCACACCGAAUAUUGGGCCGGAGUACUUUGAAAGCUCAUCCAAAUGGUCUAAAGAAAUCCUUGUGACAAAAGAUCCCGUGUUUGUGAACCGCACAGUAAUAAAUGGACACUACAUUGGAAGAAAACCCCAUAAUUAUCUCCCCUUGGCUAUAAUAGCCUCCAUCCUUAACCCUCUCAUUGGACCCAUUGCCAUUGUCUUUGCUAUUAUGUCCUCUCGCUCUUACUAUGAUGGUGAUAUGAAGUAUGCUGAGAAGUGGGCAGAUUAUGCUUUCAUGAUGUCAAUGGCCACACUGGGCAUUACGAUAAUUCUCGCAGUAGCCAUUGGUUUCACCCUUAGUAAUGUUGGGACAAAGGGUGGACAUGCACCAUGACCUCAAUAGAUCUGAGAAAAAAAGACCAUAAAUGGACAAUACAACAUUUUAUGUAUCAAUGACAAUUACUAUUCAGGAAAGAGCAUGUGAAUUAUCAGCCUUUUUAACACUGGAAAUACAGAUUCUGAAUUAUUUUUCCAUUUUCUUUUUAAUGGCACAAUAUUCACGCAAAUAAUAUUUCUUUGAAUUGGACAACUGUUAAUUUUUUUUUUAAUUCUUCAACAUUUGCUAUGAUGAAACAAGUUUUAAUAAUGAAAAAUUCAGUGACCUUUUAUGUAAUUUCUUAAUAGCACAAGGACACUUGUGUCCAUGAUCAGGGACUCAAUUUAUAAAAAUGACCAAACUUCCUUUUGUAAAUACAGUAUUCUAAAGUACUGCCAUCUGCAGUGAUUAGCAAUGAUGACUGACAUUCCAUGCAGUCAGUUAUUGUAUACUUGGUACAUGUGUAUAUUCUUGUUUUUUACCCCUGACUUUUAGAAUAUCUUACACAAAUAUGUAUAAUGAUUGUAUAACAAUGCCACAUUAUGUAUUUUAUCAUUCUGUUUUACUUCAUUGAUUAUAUACUUGUACAUAAUUAUAUAUGAUUCAGAUUAAAUCAUUACAAAUACCA